GCCCGUAGUAGGUCCAUGAGGAUGGCUACAUUCACGUACAAACCACUCACAACCGAGCUAGCACGAGCGGUCCAGGUACCAACCAACGGUCCACUGGUAGAAGUGCAUCUAAACGACACGUCCAACCUCCCCAAAGGCGAUGGAAGCCGAACAGCGGCUGCACCGGCUCACUGUGUGCUAAAUGAACACUACAAACAGUUCGCCGAGCGCAUCCGGAACCUCACCGUGUACGAGGACGACUUGUGGAUCGUAACGGCACCGAAAUGUGGCACCACCUGGACCCAGGAAAUGAUAUGGCUGCUCGAUAACGCGCUGGACUAUCAACGCGCCUCAGAGAUCAAUCUAAUCCAUCGAUCAAUUUUUAUCGAAUUCUCUGCUCUAGUGCCCGGGUUUGAGCAAAACACGACCGCGCUGGUGGAGCAGAUGAAGCGUCCGCGGCACAUUAAAAGCCACCUGCCAAUGGCACUGCUACCGCAGCAACUGUGGACCGUUCGACCGCGGAUAGUGUACUGUGCGCGGAAUCCAAAAGACAUGGUGACCAGUUUCUACCACCAUUAUCGCCAUAUGCACGGGUACACCGGGCCCAAGGAUACCUUUCUCGAGGCAAUACUGCACGAUCUCGUUAUGUUUCAGCCACAGAUACCGCACACGCUAGACUUUUGGGCGCUACGCAACGAACCGAACGUUCUGUUCUUGCAUUUCGAAGAGAUGAAGCGGAAUAUGGCUGCGGUGCUGCAGCGAGCAUGCGAGUUUCUUGGAAAAUCAUACACGCAGGAAGAACUGCUGCGUCUGGAGCAGCACCUAUCGUUUGACGUCAUGAAAACUAAUGAUUCUGCCAAUAAUUCUAUACUGUUGAAGCUGAUGAAAUCUAUUUCGGCAACGGACGACAAAAAGGACAGCUUUCAGUUCAUGAGAAAAGGAAUGGUAGGCUCCCACAGGGAAGAACUGUCCAGCGAAUACAUCGAAAAGCUGAACGCCUACAUUGGACGCCAUUUACGAGGAAGCAGCUUUAAAUUCCAUGAGUGAAAUAUAACUACAUUGUUGCGACAAAUAUUCUCUAAAAAGAAAGCUCCUGCUACCUACGACGCCGAUUUCAUAUAGAGUCUUUAGCUCCAACACAA